UCGUGAAGGUUCUGGAUGCUCAGUGCACAGAUCGCGUUUUCAGUCGUUUGAAAGGAGGAUCAACCACGACGGACGAUCCGCUCAUGAUGAAGACGUUUGUUCACGUGGAGGAUCCAGAAACAUUUUGUUUGUGCAUGAGGUGGAAGCACGACGAUAAUGCGGAGCGUUGGAGAAGCUUUUGGGAUAUGACUCCUGCGGUCGAUUGAAUGGAAUAAUGUGGCUCCCGAGUUAAAUACUUCGAAGUAGUAUUUGAUUUCUUGACAUACUUUGAUCCUGAUAAAUAUAAAGUUAGUAAUAUACAAAGAUGGCGUACUCUCCUGAGCAAUACCAAGCUAGCAAGGAACGAAUCAAAGCAGCGCAGAAGCGCUACUACCAGCGCACACGCGAAGCCCGUUUAUCUUAUCAAAAAGACAACGAUGACAAGAAUAGAGACCAGAUUCGAGCUCGCACGUCUUUUCGAUAUGAGGGUAGUUUUAGAACCUCUAAACCGGUCAGAUCUAAUAGACGUUGAUUUGACGACGCCCACUUUAUAGCGAGAGCCACGUCUUUUGGACCUUAGGGCGUUUCGGGACCGCUCGUUCAAACCACAUUGAUAAACCAAUAGAACAUUACGCCGGCAGAUUUUACUAGUAGUUCGGACCAGCGCGACGUGGCGUCUCAUCAUUGGUUGAAAAUCUAUGUCACACACCUUCAUGUUCGCUUAAGUACGCCAGAAAUUCUACAUCCUUCUUCCUCAUUCCAGAAUCUGCCGGCUCGAGGAAAGAUGGUGAAGCUCUUCUGUGCGAUCGUUGGUGCGGCGGGCAGUGCGUUUCCUGUGGACAUUGACGCGGGUCAGUCGGUGGGAGACUUGAAGGACGCGACCAAGGCGAAGAACCCGGCGACUAUCACGUGCGACGCCAAGGACCUGCAGCUCUUCCUGGCGAAGACGGAGGGCGGCGCGUGGCUCGUGUCCGACUCAGAAGAUGUGAAGAAGCUGAAGAAGGGCGAGAAGACUGUCGCAGUUGAGGCUUUAACAAGCGAAGAGAAGGAGCUACAGGGGGAGUCUGGCCUGCAGAAAGUGUUGAAGGGCAUGCAGAAGCCAUCAACGGACCAGAUUCACGUGCUGGUGGUGGUUCCGGAGCAAGAACACGCACAAACUGGAUUGUGGCUUGUCACUGGAUCCGUUGGCAACGCGCUGAACACGAAAGGGAUUCGCUGCAAACUGUACUGGAUGGCGACGUUACGCAUUGGAUACUACGAUCCUACGCGCUGCAUCGGCAACAAGAAUGUCGCGUUUUGGUAUGAAGACAAGAAAUUGUGUUUUCAUGUUUUAUUCGAGACAAGUACGUGCUUCUAUAUGCUGUCGCUGCAUCGUAAUACUGCUUCAUUGAGGGCUAACUCUGUUUCUUUUAUAGAAAAUGCUGCUUUGCUGUUCGAAACUGACUUAAGGACUGGGCCACAAACGCUGGGCUCUCCGUUAACUAACCAGGUUGUUGAGACGCGUGUUGCACCAGCUAACGCUGUGUCUACUGAUCUCCAGCGCGUCUUCUACUGCGACUACGUUCCAGACGAUUCGGAAUCUCCUCAAAACACAGUUUCAUCGAUAUCGUUGACUACAAGCGUUUCGAAUCUGGACCCAUCGACUGACGAGUUUCGUUUUCAGCGGAUUGAGGACGAGAAGUUCUUCCUACCGUACGGCAAGGCAGAAAGCUGCCAUUUGGUGUCGAGAAAGCAAAGCAGAGACCACAAACGGGAAUUCGCCAAGUACGAUCGCGACUCAAACAACAGGCUUGCGCUUUCUCGCGAAAUGCAUGGUUGGUUCGACGGUAUGAGCAUUGAGGUUCCCAUCGUCAACAUGCUACCCGGAUCUGUUGAAGAGAAUCAAUCCAUUGGCAACAGACGCAAGGUACUGUGUGAGCGCGUAGUUCUGGUGUGUGUAAGUUUACUGACAUUUGCGUGUAGGUCGAGGUCUUCGUGAAGGUUCUGGAUGCUCAGUGCACAGAUCGCGUUUUCAGUCGUUUGAAAGGAGGAUCA